CACUCUUCGGCCCGUCGCCCCCCGCGCGCGCACGCGCGCGUACACACACGCGAGCCCAGGCGGCAUGCAAAUGAGCCGGCUCCAGUACUCAGGCUCAAGCUCCCCACUACUCAAUGGACACCCCCAGCCUAGACCCGUUGCCUUCGCCUUUGCCUGGGGAGGAGGAGAAGCCUCUGGCCUUACUUCCUCCUGUUCCCAGGGGCCGUCGAGGCCGGCCAUCGGGGGGAGCUGCCUCUUCCAAUCGGAGGCUCAAGUCCUCUUUUCCUCGAAAGCGGGGCCGCCCGCCCAAAACCGCGCAGGAGCCCCCACUGGCGCAGGGUCUGACAGCGCCAGUGGUCAGUGGUGGAGACAACGACAUCCUGUUGAUCGAUGAUCAGGGUGUGCCCUAUACAGUCUCUGAAGGGUCGGUGUCAGGUGGGCCCCAGGGCUCUGGCCCCAGAAGAGCCCCGCACUUCUGCCCUGUGUGCCUGCGGGCAUUCCCCUACCUCUCCGACCUGGAGCGCCACAGCAUCUCGCACUCAGAGCUGAAGCCACACGAGUGCAAAGAUUGUGGCAAGACCUUCAAGCGGUCCAGCCACUUGCGACGACACAGCAACAUUCAUGCCGGCUUGCGACCCUUCCGCUGCCCUCUCUGCCCGCGCCGCUUUCGAGAGGCCGGGGAGCUGGCGCAUCACCAACGUAUCCACUCUGGCGAGCGCCCAUACCAGUGCCCUUUGUGCCGGCUGCGCUUCACCGAAGCCAACACGCUCCGGCGCCAUUACAAACGCAAGCACCCGGAGCUUGUGGGAGUUCCCGUGCGCCUAUGUCCCCCAGAACCAAUGCCAGAACCGCUGUGGGAAGAGGAAGGCAUCCCCACCACAACAGAAGCACACGAGGAGGGGCCGGAAGAGAAGGAGCCCGCCUGAUCCACAUCCCUGGCCAAAGCUCCCUGGGCCGGGUUUAUUGCACAGAGUUCACCUGGUGCUGAGCCCCGGCACGGAGGCCGGGACACCCUCAUUUCUGGUGGUCUUCCCAUCGUGGGAGGGGAUCGUGGGUGGGGAUCUAAACUUCAGGGUCCUGCUGCCUUCUGGCACCCUUCUGCGGACUAACAGGCCCGUGGAGGCCUGGGCCGUGGAAAUAAAU